GGGGCGCUGGUGUGCUAGAGCUCACGUAGAGGUCUGCAGUCGCCUCCUCUCCCGCGUUGCCGGGGCGGCGUGGAGGUUAUAAAAAGGCUUACUGGCUCCCUCUGCUGCCCAGUCGCGCCGCCAGCGGGCUGAGGGAAGGGAGCAGGGAGCCGGCCCGCGCGCAGGCAACCGGGCACCGAGGAACGCGCUGCCGUCCCGCUUCCCAGGUGUGUGAACCUGUAAAAUUAAGACUUCCAAGAUGAUCCGGUAUAUUUUAAUUGUAGGGAUUCUACUUCCCCAGUCUUUAGCCCAUCCAGGCUUUUUUACUUCAAUUGGUCAGAUGACUGACUUGAUCCAUACAGAGAAAGAUCUGGUGACUUCCUUGAAAGACUAUAUCAAGGCAGAAGAAGAUAAAUUAGAACAAAUAAAAAAAUGGGCCGAGAAGUUAGAUCGGCUAACUAGCACAGCAACAAAAGAUCCAGAAGGAUUUGUCGGGCACCCAGUAAAUGCAUUCAAGUUAAUGAAACGUCUGAACACUGAGUGGAGUGAGUUGGAAAAUCUGGUCCUUAAGGAUAUGUCAGAUGGCUUUAUCUCUAACCUAACCAUUCAGAGACAGUACUUCCCUAAUGAUGAAGAUCAGGUUGGGGCAGCUAAAGCUCUGUUGCGUCUCCAGGACACCUACAAUUUGGAUACAGAUACCAUCUCAAAGGGUAAUCUUCCAGGAGUCAAACACAAAUCUUUUCUAACAGUUGAGGACUGUUUUGAGUUGGGCAAAGUGGCCUAUACAGAAGCAGAUUAUUAUCAUACGGAACUGUGGAUGGAGCAAGCACUCAGGCAGCUGGACGAAGGCGAGGUUUCUACCAUCGAUAAAGUCUCUGUCCUAGAUUAUUUGAGCUAUGCGGUGUACCAGCAGGGAGACCUUGAUAAAGCACUUUUGCUCACAAAGCAGCUGCUUGAGCUAGAUCCUGAACAUCAGAGAGCUAAUGGUAACUUAAAAUAUUUUGAGUAUAUAAUGGCUAAAGAAAAAGAUUCCAAUAAGUCUGCUUCAGAUGACCAAUCUGAUCAGAAAACCACACUGAAGAAAAAAGGGGCUGCUGUGGAUUACCUGCCAGAGAGACAGAAGUACGAAAUGCUGUGCCGUGGGGAGGGUAUCAAAAUGACUCCUCGGAGACAGAAGAAACUCUUCUGCCGCUACCACGAUGGAAACAGGAAUCCUAAAUUUAUUCUGGCUCCGGCCAAACAGGAGGACGAAUGGGACAAGCCUCGAAUUAUUCGCUUCCAUGAUAUUAUUUCUGAUGCAGAAAUUGAAAUUGUCAAAGAUCUAGCAAAACCCAGGCUGAGCCGAGCUACAGUACAUGACCCUGAGACUGGAAAAUUGACCACAGCACAGUACAGAGUAUCUAAGAGUGCCUGGCUCUCUGGCCAUGAAAACCCUGUGGUGUCUCGAAUUAAUAUGAGAAUACAAGAUCUGACAGGACUGGAUGUUUCCACGGCCGAGGAACUACAGGUAGCAAAUUAUGGAGUGGGAGGACAGUAUGAACCCCAUUUUGAUUUUGCACGGAAAGAUGAACCAGAUGCUUUCAAAGAGCUGGGGACAGGAAAUAGAAUUGCUACAUGGCUGUUUUAUAUGAGUGAUGUGUCAGCAGGAGGAGCCACUGUUUUUCCUGAAGUAGGAGCUAGUGUUUGGCCCAAAAAGGGAACUGCUGUUUUCUGGUAUAACCUGUUUGCCAGUGGGGAGGGAGACUACAGCACACGACAUGCAGCAUGCCCCGUGCUGGUUGGAAACAAAUGGGUAUCCAAUAAGUGGCUCCAUGAACGUGGACAAGAAUUUCGAAGACCGUGCACCUUGUCAGAGUUGGAAUGACAGGCUUCUCCUCGCCUGCUGUGCUCGGCUGUGUCUGAUCCACAGCCCCAGUCUUACCUUUCAAGAGUUUACAGUUGACUAACAUGACACUCCGUGACCGAUUCAGCUAUGAGCCUCACCCCGUGUUUCAUCUGUGGACACUCACUAACUGUGGGUUUUUCUUUUAAGAGUAACACUAAGUCACCACAUUGUACAUGUAAAACCUUAAAGCUCGGUUGGUAUCACAGGACAAAGCAAGGCAGAGUCAAAAAUGAGGAAUUUUUACAUUUGUUAUAUUUUAAAGAACUCUUUGGUUAGAUGAACACGCUUUAAGCAUCCGACUGUGGCACAUCCCUGCGCCCUGGUGGGUGGGUGGGAAGAGGCGCCUCCGGUGUGUGCCCGGCGCUGCGGCCGCCCGGGAAUAGGCUCGGCCCAGCCUGGGCUGCACGCAGUGCGCCCCCGUCCACCUUCUAAGGUGGUUUCCCCUCCGAGGCCCCUUUUAAGAAGGGCUGUGUGUGACCAACCUCCUUUCCCGCCCAUCGCGCCUUUGUGGUGAAUUAAGUCUGUCUGAGGUAAAAUACAUUGAUUAAAAAAAUUUUUUUAACAGAAAGUGCCACAUAACAGAGCACUGGGGCUUCUUAACUAGAAAGAUCAUCACUUGGUGUCUGUCCCUUUUCCUAAAUGACCGGCGAUUCUGUCCGUCCAGUUCGAUGUUUUCCUUCGUGCUGACACCAUGCUGCUUAUUCUUGCCGCAGCAGGGUGGUGACGCUGGCUUUCUGAUUAAAUAAGCAUUGUGCCUUAGGAGACUGGAAAUUUAAAAAUGUACUUUUAAUUAUGAGACCUUUCAAUUAUGAGGGAGUUGAUUUUUUAAAAAAGGAACCUUUUUCCUAAAAAGCCAAAAUGUGUGUUUUUUUAAUUCUGAAAUGUGUUGUGACAACGAUGACCUAUUUAUGAUCUUAAAUCUUUUUAAAAAAAUAUUUGUUUACUGUGUGGUAUUUAUAUAUUUGAAUGUGCCUGCAUGCUAUACCCAUAAAAGGUUAUUUCUACCUGUUAUUUCUUUAGUAUGUAGGACUUGGUUUUCAUUCAUUCUAAUAGCUCAUUUUUUUUUAGAAGAAAAAUUUAGGCUCUCUGAACUCCCAGCUAUUAGCCAAAAUAUAUUUCCUUCAAAGGGAGCUCCACAACUUUCCUCUAUGGUUAUGGGGUUAUUACAAUAAUACGGGGGGGGGGGGGGUAUAAAGCUGUGAACCUAACAGUAUGUUAAUGACCCUUAGACUAACUUUCUACAGUUCUUAGUGAAUCCUAGUUCAUACAAGGGCUCUUUAUGUACAAUUUAAAUAUUUAAGAAGAAUUUGAUUGAUUCUCUGGGAAAGAAGGUAUUACUUUUACUAACUUAAAAACACACACAACUGUUUCUUUCCUCACCUACCCUUUUGUUCCACCACAACUAUUUUAGUAAGAAAUAUUGAGAAUUAAAUUCAGUACUUCAAAUUUUGUGGCCAUAGAUGAUUUAAAAAAAAAUUUUUUUUAGAAGGAAACAACAUUAAUUCAAAAAUACAGAAAUAAAAUAGGGGUUCAAAGGAUGGAAACCAACCUUUAUUGCCAUGUGUUUUGGCAAGUAGAAUAAAAAUAUCUAUUUCAGAAGGAAAUAACAUUCAACAUUCCAUAAUCUUACAGAUUUCCUCAUUAUAUUCGCCCCAAGCCCCAUCUGGGGAUUGGUAAUCUCUUUUCAGUGUUAGAUCUUACAGAACCCUACCCAAAUUUCAUAAUUACCCACUAUUUUUCUUUCCAAAUGAAAAGGAGAAAAAAAUUCCAGUAUAAAGCUUUGGGUCCAGUGGUCUUUGCAGUCCUUUUUUGUUUUGUUUAAUGGUGAACUUUGAAAUAAAUGAGGGCUAUCAUGGAAAAUUGGAAACUCUGGUUUCCUCACCAA